ACAAAGAAUAUGGCGGCCGUGUCACAGUACUGGUCGAGACACAAGGAAAACUCUCCCCACGCGUGGUUUAAAGGCUGUAUAUUCCAGCAUAUAUGGCGAGAAAAACAACAUAGCUUUGCUUUAGGUCAAAAUAGAUCAUAUCGCCUGCAGCACAUCACGUAUCUCACAAGAAUGCUGCUGGACUGUUUACUGAGCCAUAGAUUUGAUGAAGCCCUGGAGUGUCUUGUUGGAUUAUGUGGAUUUUGUAGAAGAAUACCUGAGCUGUUUUGGCGAACAGGAUCUGAAGUUCUGAAAAACUGUCCAGGAAGCCACAUGCAUAUGAUGCAAUUCUUAAAAAACAUGUUUGUAAUUUGUGUGCCAUUUAAAACCGAACUUCUGCUGGAUCUUGCUAUGUACUUGGUGAAACACAAUAAUGAUAUUACAGAAGCACAAGAACUUCUUACAUCAAAACUUUCUCAAAAGCCAUUCCUGUCAAGCCCUGUUCUUCAAGCUUAUGCUGGACUCUUUGCAUAUAUUCAAUGGAAGAAAUGCAAACACAGGAUUGACAAUAGAUAUUUAGAAAACGAUGAUCACAGUGAUAUGGAUUUAACAGGAGGUGAUAAUAGGACUUAUGCUGAUCUGAAACGUCAAAUGGAUUUUCAUGGGAAGAAGGCUCUGGUUUUUUUCGUCAACUUAGUCGAACAUUGUGGUGUGUGGGACAUCUUUAUUACAAGACAAGUUGAGAUGUUAAAAUAUUAUGACAUGGCUGAUGAAGCAAAAAGUAUCCUAGUGAAGUAUAAGGAAAAAAAUCCUGAAAACCCUAAUUCACAUCGGUACUUAUAUUAUUUUCUGAAAAAUGAAUGUGCCAGUAAGGAAGAACUAUGUGCAGUUCUUGAAGGUCUGCUGAAUGUUGAUCCAACAAGUGAACUGAGCAAGGAUUAUAUCAAGCUUGCUAAACACAAGAAUGAUCAGUCAAAUGGACUCGUAGAUAUUUUAGGAGCGCUUUUUGUCAAGCUCGACCAUGCAGCAUGUCAAUUUUGUGUCACAGCCUGGAAGAAACUUGCUGCUGCUCUCACUCAGUUCUGCGCGGCUCAUGACACGAGAGAAUUGAAGAUAUUUUGGGACGAGCGAGCUGAUUGGUGGCCACAGUUUCACUUCCGUCUCAGUCUCGUUCCUAACAAGGAUCACGUGUCUGAACUGGAAUGGAAACUGACUCGUCAUAAGGCCGAGGCUGCCAGUUGGCUCCUUGGACAAGGAAACCCUUUCACUCAAGCUGUGAGGACUCAAGAACCACAGGAAAGUGAAUUAGAAUCGUCUUCAUCUCACAGAGACACAGGAUUACCACGAAUAAGAAAAACAGUCAAUAAAGAGCAGUGUUCACCCCGGAAAAGGAAAAACAAUGACGAUAGGUCCUAUAAAUCCAAAAGAAGAGUCCUUUGUGGACAAGUAUUGGAAAAAUGAAUUCCCAGAUCCGUUUUAUUACUGUUAAUUGUUUUCAAGCUUUUAUUCUAACGGUAUGACGUGAACUGUAAACAAUUUGUUAGACAAUUUGUAAUUGAUAAGUAAACAGGAUACCAAUACUUGAAUAAGCUUUGUGUACGAAAAGUCAAGACUUUUCUUUACCCUACAUUCGUUUCCUUUUACAAAUUUCUAUAAACGUUUCAAUUUUUUCGCAUAUUUAGCGAGACAGCGAUUGUUUUUUACGUUUUCCUUAGAUAUUUUGCGCGGGAAAUUGGCGUGCAGCCGGCUAGGAAUGAUGCCUUUGCGCAUGCCCGACGUUUGACCGCUGUCUUGGAGACGUGUUAGUGUAUCGGUACGUCGGCACUGAACUGUAGGGUUAAGCCCUACCUAAGAAUACUGUAAGGAUUUCACACCACUGUAUGUUUUGCGAACGGCAAACAGUAAAAAAUUGAGCAUAUGCUAGGUGCCAUUUUACGUUGCUGUGGUUUGUAAAACACCACGUUUAAAUAAACGACAAACCAAAAUCAUGAA